CUUCUACAGCAAACUCUUAUGGCAUCUGUGCUGUCCGCAACUAGCAACAUCAUUGCGCAACUUGUUACCGCACAGCGCGAAGGCGCACCCUACACGCUCGACUUCUCGCCCAUCUUCAAGUUUGUGCUUUUCACCGCGCUCAGCACACCGCCCAACAUCGUCUGGCAAGAAUACCUCGAGGAGAAGUUCCCGGGCCAGAAGAGAGCCCCGGCCGCGCCGAACAAUGAGAAGACAGCCAAUGGCGUAGUGAAGGAUAAGCCGCAGAAUGACGCAUUGGAUUGGGGGAAUGUGGUCAAGAAGCUGAUGCUGGACCAGACGGUGGGCGCGGUCGUGAACACCGUCUUGUUCAUCGCCGGGAUGCAAGCGUUGAACGGCGGAGGUUCGGAGGAGAUCCAGACGGCAGUCAAGGAGGGAUUAUGGCCGCUCCUGCUCUCCGGCCUGACUCUCUGGCCGCUCGUCUCCCUCGUCAGCUUCACCCUCAUCCCCGUCGAGAAGCGCAUCAUAUUCGGCAGCUCGGUCGGUGUGGCAUGGGGAGUGUAUCUCUGCCUCCAAGCA